AUGUUGCUACCACCAUGGUCCAAGAGACACAUAGCUCAAUCUACCUUAGAUUCAGAAUCGUUACUUGCUCCCUACUCCUUCUCUCUCAUUCAGUCUCAACUUAUAGCUCGCACCUUAGAAUCUAACGUUAUUACUCUCUCCGACCUCUCUCACUUUCUCUCUCUCUCUCUCUCUCUCUCUCUCUCUCAGAUUCUUGCGCGGUUUAUCAUGGGGGAUAGUCAGUAUUCGUUUUCUCUCACCACAUUUAGUCCUUCUGGAAAGCUUGUUCAGAUUGAGCAUGCUUUGACGGCUGUUGGGUCUGGACAAACGUCUUUGGGAAUUAAAGCUGCAAAUGGAGUUGUCAUCGCUACUGAGAAGAAAUUGCCAUCUAUUUUGGUUGACGAAGCAUCAGUCCAGAAAAUUCAGUUAUUAACACCAAAUAUUGGUGUUGUAUAUAGUGGCAUGGGUCCCGAUUUCCGAGUUUUGGUUCGAAAAAGCAGGAAACAAGCUGAGCAAUAUCACCGGUUAUAUAAAGAACCAAUUCCUGUUACUCAACUUGUCAGGGAAGUUGCUGCAGUAAUGCAGGAGUUUACUCAGUCUGGAGGUGUUAGGCCUUUUGGAGUGUCUCUGCUAGUUGCUGGGUUUGAUGAUAAUGGGCCACAAUUAUAUCAGGUGGAUCCAUCAGGUUCAUAUUUUUCUUGGAAAGCUUCCGCUAUGGGAAAAAAUGUUUCUAAUGCAAAGACGUUUCUUGAGAAGAGGUACACAGAUGAUAUGGAGCUUGAUGAUGCAGUCCACACAGCAAUUUUGACUCUGAAGGAAGGGUUUGAGGGACAGAUCUCAGGGAAAAACAUUGAAAUUGGCAUAAUUGGUGCUGAUAAAAAGUUCAGGGUAUUGACACCAGCCGAAAUUGAUGACUAUUUGGGUGAAGUAGAAUAG